AUGCUCGCUUCGACCCUUGCCCUUGCGACUCUCUUGCUCGGUGCGGUGGAUGCGAAGAAUCAGGAUGGCUCACCCUCACGAUAUGACUUUGUUAUUGUUGGCGGGGGCACCAGUGGGUUAGUUGUUGCUAACAGACUUUCAGAAAUGGGAGAUGUUACUGUCGCUGUCAUCGAAGCCGGAGACUCGGUUUUCAACAAUCGCAACGUCACUAGCGUUCAAGGCUACGGCCUGAGCUUUGGGUCAAGUAUCGAUUGGGCCUACCAGACUGAUGUACAGAAAUACGCCGGAGGAACAAGGCAGACCUUGCGUGCUGGAAAAGCAAUAGGUGGUACAAGCACUAUUAACGGGAUGGCAUACACUCGAGCCCAGAAAGUACAGAUUGACGCUUGGGAAAAGGUUGGGAACAAGGGUUGGAAUUGGGACAGCCUUAUGCCAUACUACAAGAAAUCGGAAGGAUUCGAGAUCCCGACCCCGGAACAGAUUGCUCGUGGUGCCGACUACUACAUCAGAUAUCAUGGAGAAAGCGGUCCGUUGAAAGUCGGCUGGCCUAUAAUGAUGACCAACAGCAGCAUGCUUCCUAUCCUCGACGAAACCUUCCAGAAGAUUGGUCUCCCCUAUAAUCGCGAUGUCAAUGGUGGCUACAUGGUCGGGCUCACGUCUCACCCCAAUACAGUCGACAGAGAGGCCAAUAUUCGUGCCGAUGCGGCCAGAGCUUACUACUGGCCUUUUGAAGCCCGACCUAAUCUGAAGAUCAUCUCAAAUACCUACGCGAACAAGAUCCUUUGGGCCAACGAGUCUAACGGUGAGGCUGUCGCUAUUGGAGUCGAUGUUAUUGGCCCCGAUGGAGGUGAAACGAUAUACGCUUCGAAAGAGGUCAUUCUGUCUGCUGGAUCUCUGAAAUCAUCCGUGAUUCUCGAGCAUUCAGGCAUUGGGAACCCGGAAAUUCUCGGCAAGUUUAACAUCCCCGUCGUGGUCAACAACCCCAGUGUUGGGGAGAACCUGCAAGACCAAACCAACAACGGUCUCGCCUACGAAGGGACAGAGUUCUGGCUCGGCUCACCAACUUUCUCUGCUCUACCAUCAGCCGACCAGCUAUACGGAAAGAACGUCUCCGCCGUCGCCUCCUUUGUUAACUCCAGUCUUGCGGAUUACGCAAAGGCCGUGGCCCACUCCUCUAAUGGGGCCGUUCAGGAAGCCAAUCUCCUGUCUGCUUUUCAGCUGCAAUACGAUUUGGUAUUCAAGUCACAAGUGCCAUAUGCGGAAAUUGUUUUUGUUCCCAUUGCACACUCGUUCUCCAGUGAAUACUGGCCUCUGCUUCCUUUCUCAAGAGGCAGUAUCCACGUCAAGUCCCCCGAUGCUGCCGAGCCCGCCUCCAUCAACCCGAAUUACUUCAUGUUUGAACAAGACCUCAAUUCCCAGGCUGAUGUGGCUCGCUAUAUCCGCAACUUAUUCGAGACUGCUCCUCUCAGUGAUCUUGUGGGAGACGAGUUUUCACCAAGUCUAGAUCAUGUUCCUAAGAAUGCAUCGGAAUCUGAGUGGACCAACUGGGCCAAGUCAACCUAUCGAUCAAAUUUCCACCCAGUUGGCACUGCAAGCAUGCUUCCUCGGGACAAGGGUGGCGUUGUCAGCCCCGAGCUCAAGGUUUACGGCACCAAGAAUGUCCGAGUGAUCGAUGCCUCUGUCUUGCCAUUUCAACUAUGUGGGCAUUUGACAAGCACUCUUUAUGCCGUGGCUGAGAGGGCGUCGGAUCUGAUCAAGAAGCAAUAUAUACCGAGAGGAAAUAGUGUUAAGGUGAACUCUGCAAAUAAAACAAUGGUCUAA